AUGGCUACGUUGAUGGAAAGCUGCAACAACUUUUUUGAGCAACUCACCUUGUCGGUUUUGCGUAAAGGCAAAGUACCUCGUCAUGUUGGAUUCAUUCUGGAUGGCAAUAGACGAUUUGCUCGAAAGGCAGGUGCAAAUUCAACCAAAUUUGGACACUAUGAAGGAUUCAGGCAGCUGGAAAAAGUCUUGGAUCUAUGUAUGCAACUAGGCAUCGAGGCAGUGACAGUAUAUGCAUUUAGUUUGGAGAAUUUUAACAGAUCUCAGGAUGAAGUGGAUUAUCUGAUGCAGCUGUUUUGCGAUGCAUUCGAUGGGUUCUGUGAAAGAAAUGCAUUGGUUGACAAGUAUGAGAUUGGCGUUCGAUUCUUGGGCGAUCUGAGUCGUUUGCCGCAGAAUGUGCAAGAUGUAGUCCAUAAAGUGACAGAACAAACUAAAAAGAAUGAAAAACGUAUUUUCAAUGUGUGUUGUCCGUAUACCUCUCGAGAUGAAAUGACCACAGCGAUAAAGGAUACAAUUGAACUAGUGAAACAAGGAAAGAUAACAGCAGACGAAAUCACAGAUCAAACCAUCAAAGACCAUCUCUUCACAGCCAAUUGUCCGUCUCUAGACAUUCUUGUUCGUACAUCAGGAGAAAUUCGUCUCAGUGAUUUUCUAUUAUGGCAGGCGAAUGAUCGUUGCCAGAUCCAGUUUGUAAACUGCUACUGGCCAGAGUUCUCCUUGUGGAAGUUAUUGCCCAUUUUGCUGGAAUAUCAGAUUUAUUCAGAUCAUCAGUUACAGGAACAACAGGAAAUCCACGCUUGA